GCGGUGGAUGUGGUAUAUAUUUGGACAGAGGGUGGCAGUAGACGUAGUAUUCUUGGACAGAGGGGUGGCAGUGGAUGUGGUGGUGGACGUGGUAUACUUGGGCAGAGGGUUGGCAGUGGACGUGGUAUACUUGGACAGAGGGUGGCGGUGGACGUGGUAUACUUGGACAGAGGGGUGGCAGUAGAUGUGGUAUACUUGGACAGAGGGGUGGCAGUGGACGUGGUAUACUUGGACAGAGGGGUGGCAGUAGAUGUGGUAUACUUGGACAGAGAGGGGUGGCGGUGGACGUGGUAUACUUGGACAGAGGGGUGGCAGUAGAUGUGGUAUACUUGGACAGAGGGGUGGCAGUAGAGACGUGGUAUACUUGAACAGAGGGGUGGCGGAUAGACUUGGUAUACUUGGACAG